ACUGUGUCAAGGCUCGCUGCAGAGAAAUACUCAGCUCCUUCUCCUCGUUCCUGAUGAUGUUGGUACACACGCUACAGCCUACAGCAUGCACACGACAAUAUAGUUGACAACAGUUGACGCAUCGUAACAACUACGACGGUCGUGCGUAAUUUUCGUAUUCCACGAGUCGGGGCUCUAUCGAUUCGCUCGAUAGACAAAUCGCCGCCGAUUGUGAAUUAUAUUUCGAGGUUAACUGGCUCUUUCUGCUGUUUAUCGAGAUGGGGGUAAUAUUUCUCGAGCACAUCGGUGGUACUCGUCUAUUCUCCUGCGCUUCUUGCGACACCAACCUCACCAACAGGGGACAGCUGAUAAGUACACGCUUCACGGGUGCUACGGGACGCGCAUUUCUCUUCAACAAAGUCGUCAAUCUGAAUUACAGUGAGGUACAGGACAGAGUGAUGCUGACCGGUCGUCAUAUGGUUCGAGAUGUCAGCUGCAAAAAUUGUGAUGCAAAACUCGGAUGGGUGUAUGAAUUUGCAACAGAUGAAAAUCAACGGUACAAGGAAGGACGUGUUAUCCUAGAACGAGCUCUUGUCACAGAGAGCGAUGGGUUGAGCGAGAAUAUUUAAUAUUUAAUACCAAGUAGAGUGUUUAAUAUAUUAAAAGAAAACUAAUACAGUUUGUAUUUUAUUAUAACUUGUAUUAUUUUGUUUAAUGUUGUCAUCGGUCGUGAGAGACUUUGGUUAGUGCCAACUCCUUUAUGCGUAAGCAAGUAUUCACGAAUGAUUGCUCUAUUUAAUUAAGGUGAUUAAUAAGUUCGACGUUCAACAUUUUCGUGAAUAUGAUAUAGUUCCCAUUUUGUAAGACUAUUUGUUUCCAGCAUCUAUCAUAUUAGCAUAUAUUCACAUUAAACUUUUAAAUUUAAUGGCAUACAUUUUGUAUCUGAACUGUCAAAUCUUAUUCACGAUGAUUGUUGAAUAUAUAUAAUGGUAAGUGUAAGAUUGAUAUUUUCUUGUAGAUAGAAACAUUAAUAAACUGACUUCAUGUUUGUCAAGAAAAUUAAGAAAAUGUGAGUAGGUAGAGUGCAAAUAACUAUGUACCGACGAGAGAAAAGUAGACGUAAUAUAAUAUGGGAUAGAGAGAAUGUUGUGUAACUUUAUGUAUAUAUCUGCAAUGAAUUUGACUGAUAAAAA